AUGGCCGAGUUCCGAUUUGGCCCUAAAACCCGCAGUGAUCUAGAGCAAGUGGUGUACCGGACCUACAUAUGCCAGAUCUCUCGCUUUCUAGAUGCUCAUGGAAUCCCCAAUGUGCUCUGGGGGGAGCUUAUGCUGAAUGCUUCUCAUUCCCCUCGUGAUAGACCAGCCGGCUGUCCCCCGUGCCAGUCAGGGAGCCUUUGCCCCUUCUACCAUCCCUAUUCUUCCCGCGCCAUCCCCUACGCACACUUCAACCUCGUGGACCGCGGCCCCUUGGACUUCUACAAACCCGAGAUAUUCGGCGAAAAUCCCCGGGAAUGGUACACACUGGAACUCUUCAAGAAGUCUGACGUGCUGUGGGGAGCGCCUGAGAUCCCACUCGGCCCACCCACUCCUAAUGAUCCUGAUUAUUGGACAGUCAACGAUGACCGACUUCCUGAAGUCGCCAUUGAAUACCAUCUAGGCCGCAUUGUCGACGCGGAUUAUCCAGUCAAGAUCCCCUCACCAGCGCGCUUCGCUGAGUCACUGACCCUCUUGUACUUCCGGGACAACUUUCCAGAAGAAACUGCCAGAGGGCACCACUGGGAUUCGCUGCUGAUGGAUAUGAAGGUAUUUCUGAAAAAGCACCGCCUUUUUGAACUUAAGGACCUUCCGUCUCGUACUCGGAGCUGGUUUGAAUUUCUGGACAAACCUCCAGGGAACAAAACGCAAGGUCGUAUGGGGCGGAAGUUUGCGAUGGCAAUGAGGAGGGCCGGCGAGGUCCCGAUGAGAAGUCCCUGGCCCUCGGCAGUUCUUGGGUUGCCUGAAUGGCGUGAAGAGCUUAGACAAUGGGGGAAGAAGGAGGAAGAGGAGAUGAGGAAGGAAGCAGAAAAAGUGAAAGAGGAGAUGAGGAAGAAACAAGAAGAAGUGAAAGAGGAGCAGACUGCGUGA